UUUUAGUUAAACUAUCACGUAUUAAAAAAAAUCAAUCAUUCUCUUUUAUUGACAUGACUUUUACUUUGAAAACACGCACACUGUCGGCCGACGGAAGUAAUUCUUUCAGUAUGUGGAACAUGCUGCACACAACAAGGAUCAAUUUAUGUGGCUGUGAGGAAACGAUGUCAAAAAGGGACAUGAAAACAGCCAAAGACAUGACAGAAGCGAUGGAGGAAAAGAUGCAGCGACUUCACGAAAGAUUCACGAAAAUAUCAGCACAGCUGGACUCCAAAAUAGAUGAGAUGGGAACACGCAUCGAUCACUUUGAGAAUAACGUGGCCGAACUCAUGACACAAGUCAGAAUGGAGGAGCAGAGGAUGUCAAAGUGACAGCAACUGGCUUUGUCAGUGGGGAUUUCAGUUCCAAGCUUUGUUUUUGUCAAAGUUCUCAGUUAACACCAGUUUACCUCUGAAGUUUUCACUGUGGUUUUAACUAAAUUGCAUGUUUUGUCCACACAAAACAGUUUAAAGCUUCUAUUGUUUUUUCACAUUUAGUGUUCUACCUUGGCAAAUCUUGUUUGUACCCUUUAAUAUGUAACAACGCAAUAGAUGUCUUUACUACCUCUUUUUUUAUUAACACUUCUAAUAUUUACUGCCCUCAAGCAUCUAUGCACGCGUGCCCAUCUGCUGGUAGAAUUGGAUAGAAACACUGCAGGGACCUGCUUAGUGCUCUACAGUGCUGCCAGUGGCCGCUCUUUCAAUAGGCUCCAUUUAAAUGCUAAGUAAGGAGGCAUUCAAAUGUCCUGAUGGUUUAGAAGAGCAUGUGGUGACCUGUUAACUGCAAAGCCAAGACCACAGUUUGACUGAAAAAAGUAUUACAUCAUCUGAGCAAAGGUCUCUUCAUUUCAUAUUUUCAUAUAUGUUUUAUUUUAUUAUUUACAUUUUAAAGAUAAGUAACAUUUUGUUUGUACUGGUUCAAAGCAAAGGAACCGGCUUAAAACUACUGAGUCAAUGUGCCAACAUAUUUGUCCAAAGAGUCCUUGUUAAACAUUCUAAAAAUGACAGCUACACUUUUCUGUGCGUGAUGUCAAAUUGACAGCUUCUCUUAUGCUACCCAUAUAUUUUGUUUGCGUUUAUUAUAAUGUAUUUCAUGUUCUCUGCCACUUUAUGCUGAUUCCCUUUUCUUACAUGUGCAACCAGUGGUUAAUGCACAUGGUGCUGCUCUCACAUUAGCUUUCAUUUAAACAUACUGUAAUGGGGUUAAUACUGUAGAUACCAUAGCUCUGUGACUUUUUACCUGUGCACCAAAGUCUAUGCACAAAUACUAAAUAAAAAUAUAUGAUAGUC